GUAAAUAAUAGUAAAAAGACACAAUUUAAUAUUUAUACUUUAUUAGUUAUUACGUCUCAAUUUUUCUUUUUCGUGUUUGCUCAUCUCGUUCGUAAUAUUCAAUAUUAUAUUGAUUACCGAGAAGUGUUUGUUCACUUACAUUGCUUAAUUAUUUCAUGUAGCUCGAAUAAACGCUGUCGAUAAAAAUAAAGGUUUUUUAACUUUCAAUCACGAUUUGGUCAAACGGUCACGAACACCUACUAUUCUAUCGGAUAUCAAAUAAACUGGAUCGAAUUUUCGCCGAUCAUUAGGGCCCAACAAGUCGAAACAGAUCCCAUGGGUCGAAUAUUCCUUGAUCACGUAGGUGGUGACCGACUAUACGCGUGUGCUGCGUGCGACACCAACCUGACUAACCGAGAUGAGUUGAUUAGUACCAGGUUCACAGGUGCAACAGGUCGUGCGUUCCUAUUCAACAAAGUUGUAAACCUCAAUUAUAGUGAUGUGCAAGAUCGAGUAAUGUUAACUGGUCGUCAUAUAGUGCGAGAUGUAUCCUGCAAAAAUUGUGACACCAAGUUAGGAUGGAUAUAUGAAUUUGCUAUGGAAGAAAAUCAGCGGUAUAAAGAAGGACGAGUUAUAUUGGAAAGGGCAUUGGUUACCGAAGGAGAUGGUCUUGAACAUGAAAUAUAAACAUGCAUCCAGAUAUUGAUUUGUACAGAUUUGUUUUUUUUUCUCACUCAAAUUGUAUUAUAUCAAUGUGUAAUAUAAAAAUAUAACAGUACCUAUAACUUAAAUAUAAUCAAAAAAUAAUAAAUACAAAUUUUUUGAUGUUCCAUACAAAAUACCAGUAAUGGUUAUGUUAUUCAAUAUUUUAUACGCCAAAUAUUAAAUUUUGAAUUUAAAUUAGUUAAUACAUUUAAAAUGUAUGUGUAUAUAUUUGUUCUAAUUAUAUUGCAUGGUUAUAAUGAUUAAAAUUCUAAAAAAAAAAAUUAUAUUACCGGUAUGUAUUGUACCUUUAUAGCAUUAAGUAUAUUAUCUAUUCAUUUAUUUGUUUUAAUCUUAUUUUGUUGACACAAUUAUUUUUCAUGUAAUUGAAUAAUAAAAAUAAUAAAAUGGCUUGUAGUGAGACACAGUCAUGAAACCAAUUCAAA